AUGCCAGAGAUCUAUGAGAGGUCUCCGUACUUUACAAUGGCAGAGGUUGCCGGGCACAACCAAAAAGAUGACGGCUGGAUCGUCGUUGGUGGCUGCGUUUACAACAUCACAGAGUUUGUGAAGACCCAUCCUGGUUGGAGCAUCGCUGGACAGACCUCGACCAUCUUGGCCAUUUGCCGAUGCUUGGGCACCGACUGCUCCGAGGAGUGGGAGCAGAUCCACAGCCGCAAAGCCAAGGCCCAGUUGACGGAGUACUUCAUCGGCCGCCUGGAGGGCGCCGAGGACGCGACGUCUCCCGCGGCGGCGCGUCAGCUCGCUGCUGGCGGACAACGUGUGGUGGUGCGGAUGGAGGCUGAUGGGAUGAAGAAAGCGGACUACGCCUCUUUGAAGCUCGACCCAGACACCGCCACCCUGGGGAAGCUUCGGCGAUUGCUGCGGAUGGUCUUCCAAAGUCGGUGGCGAAUUUGUGCUCCGCUGGAGGCCAUCGAGAUCUGGAUCGAUGGGACCAGUUGCAAGGAGGAGACCAAGACCUUGAGUGAGCUGGGUUUGGAGGAAGCAAUUCAACCUGUGGGGUGGUCUCAAAAUGGACUUGAGUCACCUCAAGGCAAUUAUUUUGUCUCAAUAUCUCUCGAUUUGGCAGAAUCCAUUUUGAGACUCCCUUUUUUGUUGAUGUCAGUUUCUUAG